UAUAGGGAUUGGACAGGUAAGGGGGGACCCCUCAGACCCAUAUCUUGCCUGGUAUACUGAGGUGAGGCCGAUACACGGCGCGCGUGCUUGCCUACUAUACUACGGGACCAGCUGACAUCAUCUGGUCAUCCGAGGUCUGCAUGCUACCAGCAAAGUGCCUGGUGUCUUCCUGUAACAUGAAUUGAACUUUGUACUUUUAUCAUUGAGUCUCUACACAAUUGCAGUACUACUGACAACACACCAGUUGCCAUUGCUCGCAAGGUGUUGUACUUCAACUGAAGUUGUAGCGUGAAUCGCGUCAAGUUUCGGCGGAUUGUAAGUUUUGUGACAAGAGCUUCUCAGCUAGGCCAACAGCAGACCAUCAUGGCCGUCCUAGAACCAAUAACAGGCAUGGCUCGUCAGCUGCGUACAUUCAAGGCGUUACCAUGGGUACUGUCUCGUCAGGUGGUGCCGUCAACAACACAUUGUUCCAGAAGACUGGCCCACAGCCAAGCCCAGCCCGCCCCGGCCAGCAUUUCCCCAAGCAUGUACAAGUUUGUGGUGGUAGGCGGUGGAGCAGGGGGACUUGCCAUGGCGAGUAGUCUGUCUCGUAAACAUGGCAAGGGGCAGGUCGCAGUCAUUGAACCGGGUGAUGAACAUUUCUACCAACCACUGUGGACGCUGGUGGGCGGGGGUAUCAAGGAAAGGGAGGCCUCGCGCAGACUCAUGAAGGACGUCAUGCCCAAGGCCUGCGACUGGAUCAAGGACAAGGCGGUUGAAUUUGACCCUGAGAACAACAACGUCAAGACAUCAGAUGGGAGGGUAGUGCAGUAUGACUAUCUGGUAGUUGCCAUGGGACUUCAACUCAACUUUGACCAGCUCAAAGGUCUACCAGAGGCACUCAAGAACGAUCCGAUGGUUUGUAGCAACUAUUCCUACGACACCGUCGGCAAGACCUUCAAGGCCAUCCAGAACUUUAAGAGCGGCAAUGCCAUUUUCACCUUCCCCAACACUCCCGUCAAGUGCGCAGGGGCACCCCAGAAGAUCAUGUACUUGGCGGAGGAAUACUUCAGACAGAAUAACAAGCGAGACAAGGCUAACGUCAUGUACUUCACACCCCUGGCGUCGAUAUUCAGUGCCCCCAAGUACGCCGCUGUCAUGGCCGACAUCUGCAAGAAGCGCGGCAUCCAGGUCAACCUUCGGCACAAUCUGGUCGAGAUCAAGCCAGACAGCAAGGAGGUUGUCUUUGCUAAGCUGGACACUGAGCCAAAUGAGAUGAUCACAUUGCCCUACGAGAUGCUUCAUGUGCCCCCUCCAAUGGGUCCUCCAGAUCUUCUGAAGGCAAGCCCCCUCGCCGGACCGGCCGGAUUUCUCAGCGUCAACAAGGAAACCGGACAGCACACCAAGUACCCCAACGUGUUUGGCAUUGGCGACUGCACCGACUUCCCCACCUCAAAGACAGCAGCUGCAGCAGCAUCACAAAGUCGUAUCCUGAAGAAGACAAUCGAUGCUGUGAUCGGUGGGCUGACCCCAGUUGACAAAUAUGAUGGCUACACAUCCUGCCCUUUGGUCACAGGGCGCAGGUCCUGUGUGCUGGCAGAGUUCGACUACAACUUGGAACCCCUGGAGACGUUCCCCUUCGAUCAGGGUGUGGAGAGACGGACCAUGUACCACAUGAAGGCUGACGUCUUGCCAACCAUGUACUGGCGCAGUUUUCUCAAGGGUUGGUGGAACGGGCCCAGCGUGUUUAGGAAGAUAAUGCAUCUGGGUUUCUCCAGGUGAAUUAUCACAGACUGACGUGCGAAAGCACAUGUGCUAAUUACACCAAGCCAUACCGACAGUGCCAAGGAAAUGACAGAUACAACUUAAAUUCAGUUUCUAUAGUCACAUAAUUCUUUAUACGCAGAUAAAGUUAUAUAUUUACAUAGAAUUUGCUUGUGUGUUUGGCAUUAGUUGGGUCUUAUUACAACUAUGAAAGCGUAACUAUUUUAACAUUCUUUGAAAAGUGCAUGGGUUGUUAAAAUUCUUGUUAUGACUUUAAACUUCUUAGCAAUGAAGUGAUAAUUUUUCCAUAAACAACUCCUUAUACUUUUCUAUGUUAAUUGUUCAUAUACCAAAGUUGAGUAUGAUGUCACAUGUGGAUCCUUUGAGCUUGUCUAAUAUGAUGUAAAACAUUAAUUCAUUCUAAUUACAUGUACAUGCAGUACAUCUAUGCUUGUAAAUUAAUUUUGUUCUGACCACUAUGCCAUUAAAAACUAAUUUCGUACAGUAUGCAAAAAUUUUUAUGAAUCACAAAGCUUGGCCACAUGCAGCUCUUUCAAAAUGCACAAUUGAAAUCUCAAGAAAUCAGUGUAACACAAUUAGACUAACAAGGUUAGGAACAUUCUUAGAACGAAUCGUUUUAUGCUUGAUUUACAGAGGGUCUUUAGAUGUUGGACAUAUUCUUGAGGUGGAGUUUUUUUUUCUUUUUUCUUGCUGCUCCUUCUGUUUUUAUAUUUCAUAUGAUUCUAUUUUUGUAAUCAGUUAGAAGUUACAAUUUUGUAAAUGUACAAAAGAUUGUAUAACGCAUGUGCACGACUGUGGGUGAUGUAGUUUGAAUUUUGCAGACACAACUCGCCCGCUACGUUGUGCUUUUAAUACCAAAGUAUGCAGAGUGUGCAUAUUUCAAUGAAGAUGUGAGAUGGUUUGCUAGGGAAAAACUAAGGCUGCAUUCGAAUCCGUUGUCUAGAGCUAGGUAUAGGUCUUCAGUCCAUUGAAAGUACGUGGAGACGUGCAGACAAUAGACCUAGCCGUAGCACUGGAAGCCCGUUUCGGACACGGCCUAAGACUCCAAGAUUCGUCUUAUAUUGUGACUACUUUCAUCCAUUUUAGAAUUAGAUAUCAGUUUCAGUGUUUGAUUUUGCUGGAAAUCUUUGCAUUUAUGUGGGAAAAAUAGGUUUGG